AUGUGCUUGGGUGCCUGGUGCCUGGAGCCGGCCCUGGUGGAAACCCUGCUGUUACAAUGCAACACAGGCCACCUCUCCUCCGCUCGCCUUACCAGGUUCGAGCCGCCUGGCCAACAGAACCCACCUCUGACGCUUGCCACGACCUCGAGCCAGGUGACUGGGUCUACGUACGGCACCAUCAUCGAAAACACGCCUUGGAACCCCGGUGGAAGGGUCCUCAUCAGACAUCUGGCAAUCCACACCGGAGAGAGACCCCAUAAGUGCUUGGACUGUGGGAAAAGUUUCAUACGGAGGUCAGCCCUUGUUAAACAUCAGGCAAUCCACACCGGAGAGAGACCCCAUAAGUGCUUGGACUGUGCGAAAAGUUUCAUACGGAGGUCAGCCCUUGUUAAACAUCAGGCAAUCCACACCGGAGAGAGACCCCAUAAGUGCUUGGACUGUGGGAAAAGUUUCAUACGGAGGUCAGCCCUUGUUAAUCAUCAGAGAAUCCACACAGGAGAGAGACCCCAUAAGUGCUUAGAUUGUGGAAAAAGUUUCCUGCAGAGAUCACACCUUCUUAUACAUCAGAGAAUCCACACAGGAGAGAGAACCCACAAGUGCUUGGAUUGUGGGAAAAGUUUCAUACAGAGGUCAAGUCUUCUAAUACAUCAGGCAGUCCACACAGGAGAGAGAACUCACAAGUGCUUAGACUGUGGGAAAAGUUUCACAUGGAGAUCAGUCCUUGUUAGACAUCUGGCAAUCCACACCGGAGAGAGACCCCAUAAAUGCUUGGACUGUGGGAAAAGUUUCAUACAGAGGUCAAGUCUUCUAAUACAUCAGAGAAUACACACAGGAGAGAGACCCCAUAAGUGCUUGGAUUGUGGGAAAAGUUUCCUACAGAGAUCACACCUUCUUAUGCAUCAGACAAUCCACACCGGAGAGGGACAUAAGUGCUUAGACUGUGGGAAAAGUUUCCUAUGGAGGUCAGCCCUUGUUAAUCAUCAGAGAAUACACACAGGAGAGAGACCCCAUAAGUGCUUGGAUUGUGGGAAAAGUUUCCUACAGAGAUCACACCUUCUUAUGCAUCAGACAAUCCACACCGGAGAGAGACCCCAUAAAUGCUUGGACUGUGGGAAAAGUUUCAUACAGAGGUCAAGUCUUCUAAUACAUCAGAGAAUCCACACAGGAGAGAGACCCCAUAAGUGCUUGGAUUGUGGGAAAAGUUUCCUAUCGAGGUCAGCCCUCGUUAAUCAUCAGAGAAUCCACACAGGAGAGAGACCCCAUAAGUGCUUGGAUUGUGGGAAAACUUUCCUAUCGAGGUCAGCCCUCGUUAAGCAUCAGAGAAUCCACACAGGAGAGAGACCCCAUAAGUGCUUGGAUUGUGGGAAAAGUUUCAUAGAGAGGUCAGACCUUAUUAGACAUCAGGCACUCCACACCGGAGAGAGACCCCAUAAGUGCUUGGACUGUGGGAAAAGUUUCAUAAAGAGGUCAAGUCUUCUAAUACAUCAGAGAAUACACACAGGAGAGAGACCCCAUAAGUGCUUGGAUUGUGGGAAAAGUUUCCUAUCGAGGUCAGCCCUCGUUAAUCAUCAGAGAAUCCACACAGGAGAGAGACCCCAUAAGUGUUUGGAUUGUGGGAAAAGUUUCCUAUCGAGGUCAGCCCUCGUUAAUCAUCAGAGAAUCCACACAGGAGAGAGACCCCAUAAGUGUUUGGAUUGUGGGAAAAGUUUCCUAUCGAGGUCAAUCCUCGUUAAUCAUCAGAGGUUCCACACAGGAGAGAGACCCCAUAAGUGCUUGGAUUGUGGGAAAAGUUUCAUACAGAAGUCCGACCUUGUUAAACAUCAGGCAAUCCACACGGGAGAGAGACCCCACAAUUGCUUAGACUGUGGGAAAAGUUUCAGAUUGAGGUCAGCGUUUGUUAAACAUCAAGCAAUCCAUAAAAGAGGGAGACCAUAA